AUGCAUACCAUCCAGCUUAUCGUGUUGUCUGCUAUCUGUGCAUCUUCAUUUAUGGCUCAUGCAUCCGACCGUCCUGCUCGUGACAGCUUUGAUGAUCGUGAUAAGGAAUUCGACCGUAAUUACGAGAAAACCAAAAAAUUUGUCGAUGAUACAUACGACACCGUAACAAUCAUCCUGAUCGUUGGAGCAGUGUGUGGUGUUAUUGCACUUAUCGCAACCAGCAUUGGAGUGAUCAUCUCAGUCUAUUGCUGUACCCGUAACAGGGAUUAUUGA